UGCAAGAGAGGAAGACACGCAUAGGAACAGAGAAGGCAGAGCCGACCAGAGGGGCAGACGGCGGCCAGGCCCAAUUCCCAGCCCCAGGAUGGCAUCGUGCGCCGGUGGGCACGCCUAGCAGUCAGGAUGGCAGCAGGCAUGUGGCUCUCCUUGGCGAUCGUGGGCUUGCUGACGGCCACCCUCUCAGGUCACUCAUCUCCAGCCCCAUCUGGCCAGCUCAACACCAGCAGGGCAGACAGCGAGCCCUUGGAGCCAGGGCAGCGGCUGGGGGUCCGCCUGGUGAACGGGAGCAGCCGCUGCGGCGGGACGGUGGAGGUCUGGUUCCAGGCGUCCUGGGAGCCCGCGUGCGGGACACUCUGGGACAACCGCGCCGCCGAGGCCGUGUGCCGCGCCCUGGGCUGCGGAGGGGCGGAGGCAGCCGCCGAGCCCUCCUUGUCCACCCCAUGGUGGCCCUGGCCCGUCGCGGGGAACGACAGCGGGGCCCCGAACGCCACGCGGACCUCGGCGCCCGCAAUCUGGUGCAGCGGCGCGGAGUGGAGCCUCUGCGAGGUGGUGGACCACGCGUGCAGCAGCGACGGGAGGCCGGCCCAGGUCACCUGUGCAGAGAACCGCGCGCUGCGGCUGGCGGACGGUGGCGGCCCGUGCGCCGGCCGCGUGGAGAUGCUGGAGCGCGGCGAGUGGGGCUCCGUGUGCGACGACGCGUGGGGCCUGGAGGACGCCCACGUGGUGUGCCGGCAGUUGCUCUGCGGCUGGGCCGUCCAGGCCCUGCCCGGCUUGCACUUCGCCCCGGGCCAGGGGCCCGUCCACCGGGACGCGGUGAACUGCUCCGGGACCGAGGCCUACCUGUGGGACUGCCCGGGGCUGCCCGGAAACCAGUACUGCGGCCACAAGGAGGACGCGGGCGUGGUGUGCUCAGAGCACCAGUCCUGGCGUCUGACGGGGGGCGCUGACCCUUGCGACGGGCAGGUGGAGGUCCACUACCAGGGGGUCUGGAACACGGUGUGUGACAGUGAGUGGUACCAGCCGGAGGCCGAGGUGCUCUGCCGGGCCUUGGGCUGUGGGACCCCGACUGAAAUGCCCAAGGGGCUGCCCCACUCCCUGUCGGGCAGGAUGUACUACUCGUGCACGGGAGGGGAGCCCACCCUCUCCGAGUGCUCCUGGCGGUUCAACAACUCCAACCUCUGCAGCCAGUCUCGGGCAGCCAGAGUCCUCUGCUCAGGUUCCCGACGUUUGCACAAUCUGUCCACUCCUGAAGUUCCUGCAAGCCUUCAGCCAGUCACUGUAGAAUCUUCUGUGACAGUGAAAAUGGAGGGCAAGGAAUCUCAGGAGCUAAUGCUUCUCAUCUGCUGUAUUGUUCUGGGAAUUCUUCUCCUUGCCUCACUCAUUUCCUUGGCCUUCACCCUCUUGAAAGUUAAAGGGAAAUACGCCUACCCCAUUACGGUGAACCAACAGCACCUACCCACCACCAUCCCAGCAGGGGUCAAUAGCUAUCAAGAGGUCCCCAUCACCAUCCCCAAAGAAGUUCCCAAGUUGCCCAUCCAGGUCCAGGGCCUGCCCCCCAAGGACCCAGACUCCAGCUCGGACUCGGACUAUGAGCACUAUGACUUCAGCUCCCAGCCCCCCGUGGCCCUGACCACCUUCUACAAUUCCCAGCGGCACCGGGUCACAGAUCAGGAAGUCCAGCAGAGCAGGUUCCAGAUGCCCCCCUUGGAGGAAGGACUUGAAGAGGUCCAUGUCUCCAUGUCCCUCCUGCCAACCCCUGGACUCUGCAUUGCAGAGCCUCCAUCCCUGGGCCCUCAGCACCACCCAAGGAGUAGCAGUGGGUCCAGCACGUCUUCUGGAGAGGACUACUGCAACAGUCCCAGCAUCAAGCCACCUCCGUGGACCCCCCAGGAGUUUCCUUCAGAGAGGGGUCCUCUCCUGGAGCAGCCUCCUAACUUGGAGCUGGCUGGCUUCCAGACAACUCUUUCAACAGGGCCCUCAGCUGAUGACAGCUCCAGCACCUCAUCCGGGGAGUGGUACCAGAAUUUCCAGCCGCCACCCCAGCCCCCUUCGGUGGAGCAGUUUGAGUGUCCAGGGUCCCUGAGCCCCCAGGCCGGCUCCACUGACGAUGAUGAUGACUACGACGACAUCGGAGCAGCCUAGGCUGAGCCUCAUUGACCCGGUGGCUCCUUUGGCCUUUUGUCCACCCAUGUCCCCCUUCCUCCUACACUAUCCUCCCUGGGGCCAAGGGGCGUCUCCUGGAGAGAAGAAACGAAACUCCACACCCUGUGCCCUUCAUUCUCCAUCCAACAUGCCCUCUUCCUACACCCAACAGAACCUGCUGACACAGUGUUCCCCCAACCCCAACCAGCAGCCCCAAGAUGGAGGGGGCUGCUUCCGAGAGGUAGUAAGCUGUCUGUCUCAGAGAUGAACAAGCAGAAUGUGGGCUGCCUCUCAGCAGGGGUUGGCUGGAUGACUCCUGAGGCCCCUUCUGAUGAUCCAUGGGUGUCUGGGCUUUCUUCUCUGUAUGUCAGACAGUUCAGGGCCCAGAGGUACAGAGAGGGGCAGAAACAAGCCUCUGUCCCAGUACUGCCCAGGUGGCCCCACGUGCUAGGGACAGUGCAGGCUGGGGACACAGGUGGCACACCGGCUGACACAGGCCUUCCCUCAAGGUUAGCAGCUGCCCCCGGGCUGGGAGCACAGCCUUCCCCAGGCACAGCCAGCUGACAGCAAGCAGGAGGCCAGCCCUGCCUCUAGAGACCCUCUGAGCCCACUGGGCACUGCAGUGACUGUCCCUGGAGAGCUGGUCCUUAUUCUGAGCUUCCUAAGAUUUACAAAGACGGCCUGGCCAGGCCCCCCUACGGAUCCCAGAGGUGGAGACCCAGGCCCUGUUGGGGCAGGAGCACAGAGAUGUCUGCAAGAGCAGGCCCAGAGGCUGCACGAAGCCCUGCAUCCCAUCAUCCCCAAAGCUGGAUGGGAAGCUCGCGGUGAACAUGUGAAUGUGCAGUGUCACACCCAGAGCCAGUGGCCGGACAGGUGAAUCCAGAGAGAAGCCCAAGGGCUCGGACCAGGCUUCGUGUCCUGAGUAUCCAGAGAUUAAACUGAAUUGCUGAAUGAAA